AUGAUGAUGAGUUCAUGCUCGCCAAUGCUUCCCAUGAAUGGAAAUAAUGAAACUUUAGUUAUACCAGCUGGUGCAAUACUUCAUGAACGUUAUAAUCGUCGCAAAGUUAUAUAUUACGGAUGUUGCCCAACUAAAAUACUACUUGCUAUCAUCAUAAUUGUACAUACGACACUACUUGCUUUUUGGAUAAUCAAAGGCUAUUUGCAGCUUACAGCCAAAUUAUAUUCUAAGCUUUCGAUCCUCACUUUGACAAGAGCUUUGCUAGAUUUAACAAAUAAAUUUAUAAUUUCCUACAAAUUUCUAAUAUUCGUGGAUUUAGAAUACUACUUUUUUGACUUCAAAUGUGCCACAAUAGCUCAUAAUGCUGAAACAACUACUGAAAAUACUAAAAAUACGACAACUAGUAAGGACGAUUACAUAUCGGAUAAAAAUGGUGACUACAGAGAACGAACGGAUCCAAUAAAAAAUAUGAGUCAUUUUCCGGUCGAUUUUGAUCGAAAUCCUCGGAAUCUUGAAUAUUUAUUACCACCAUAUUUUCCAGUAAGAAAUUUUUCACAUUUUCAUGUUGGAUAUUUAUUUGAUGUAAGUGAAUUUGCGCAACAUUUAAAUCAUAUUUUCAAGCAAAAUCAAAGUGUGUCACCAGCAACGACCGAAGAAUUUUUGAAAGAGAGAUUUAUUCCUCCCAAUGAAAAAUAUUCCAAAAAAAUUUACGAAAAAAGUCAAAAAAUUAAUAAAAGACAUAAUUCGGCAUUCAAUUUCAAGGAUGAAAACUUUAUUAAAACGAAAAAAUAUAAAGACGAAAUCUCCAAGGAAAUACAUCCGACAUUGAUCGAUGCUAAAAAUAUACCUUUUAUGAUGAUAAGAAGAAAUAAUAACCACAUUGCUUCUCGACGAAAAAUACAGGAAACACGGAUAAAAGAUGGAAUUUAUGGAAAAACCGUGGAAUCAUUCAAUCAUUCGCACUAUAUGAUUAAAACCAAUCUCUCAUUGUUAACUGAAAAUUUUUCAAAUUUUCUAUCUUCACAACCCAGUGAAAAUGGACUUUCAUUUGAGAAUUUCAGUAAUAUAAAACAAAAAGCUAAAGUUGAAAAAAACAAAGCAAAGAAUCGAAGAUUGAAAAAGAAAUUCGACCGUGGAACAAUGAAUAACAAUCCAGAAAUUCAAAGCAACGCUCGAAAAGAUGCGAAACGAUUAAAAAAAGGAAAGAAAGGAAGAAAGAAGGCUAAAGCUAAAAAUGAGAAGGUAAUCGAAAAAGGACAAUUGGUUAAAAAAAAUUUAGUUUCAAUGAGAAGGAAGCAAAGUGGCGAAUCUUGGGAAGCUGACGAUCCUAAACCAACGCAGAAAAGAUUUCAUUUUCUUAGUGGUUCCAAUACUAUAUCUGAACAAAAAAUAAAUGAAAAAGAAAGUUCAUGGUUUCAUGGAAUAGUUAGUACAAAUGAUAAAACUUUCGCUAAUAAUGGUGAUAUAAGGUUUUAUCGUGGUGAAAUCGCUAGCAAUAAGCCAACGAAAGAAAAUUAUAAAUCAAAUCAACCAUCAUCAGUACAUCAAUUAAAUGAAAUAAGCGAUAAAAACGCUAAGAAAGUCAAAAUUCAUGAAAUGGUCCGAAACGAUCUGAACAAUGUUGCUUUUAAGUCACAAAUGGCAAGAAAUUCUUCUGAAAAUUAUAAAUUAAAAAAGAAUCGUCAGAGAUGGAAGUCAACUGAAGAUGAACAAUCAAAUCAGCAAGCUAAAUUCAAGAAUCGAGAAGAGAUUAUUGAUAAUUUCGUUGAUAAAUCGCCGAAUAUUUCAGCAAUCAAUAAAUAUAACCAAAGUGUUGUGAUAAAUGGAUAUCAGCAAUCAGCUAUUAAGCCAGAAAGAUUCGAAAAAAUCGAUACAUAUUUUUUUAUCACUCAAAAACCACCGUCUGAAGUUUUUUUAAAGGAAAUUGGUCAUCAGUAUUCUCCAGCAAAUAUAAAGAUCCAAGAUUUGCUGCCUAACAUAUCAAGGAAAGAAAACGAUGAAAGAGGUAUUCAUUUAGGAACUUCAACGAAAUCUACAAAUGAUUAUAAAACUUCGCCUUCGGUAAUAGAUUUUUCCCGUUUAAUAUUGCUAUAG